GGCCUUGGGCCUGCUGUACAGUAGGAGUUAUUGUCAAUGGUUUAUCUUGGAGGGGCUUCCACCUGGAGGGGAGGCGAGAGGUUUUUUCCUUUGGCUUUCUUUUUGGAACUUGACUUUGAUUUGAUCUGUCUUGGGAUUCUCCCUCUGUUCAUCUGAUUUCGUAUUGAUCUUUCUCAUUGAAGUCUUGUCUAAGGGCUCGUGAAGCACUCGUUCCAUCCUUCUCUUUCUUUCUCACUUCAACAGACAUCCCCUCCCCUCGUCGAAAAAAAAAACAUGCGAUCCUCCUCCUCCCUCUCACUCCUCACCAUCUCCCUCCUCAACUCUUUGUCUCUCCCCCUCACACAAGCAGCCACCCCUUCCUCAUCCUGCUACUACCCUAGCGGCAUCCUCGCCCCUCCCAACGACGUACCAUGCAACACCAACACCAACGACCACAGCGCGUGUUGUAGCCAGGGAGUGGCGUGUUUAAGUUCAGGGUUAUGUUUUGAUAAUGGGUUGGUGUCGAGGGGGUCAUGUACGGAUGAGAGUUUUGCGGAUGAGGCGUGUGCGAGGGUUUGUACGGAUUUCACACCCACAGGCGGCGCACCCAUCAUCCUCGCCUCGCCCGCACCAAAUGGAAAUGUUGCGAACAUGGGAUGGUGUUGUGGUUUCCCGCUCGAUAAUGGGACGUGUCCGCAGGGUGGAACGAUUAAGAUUGCGAUUGGGACGGUGUAUGCUACGGCUGGGGUGACGAGUUCAACUUCAUCAGUAGCUUCUUCUUCGGCCACUUCGUCUGCUGCUGCUUCAACGAGUUCAAGCUCAGCAGCGAUAGGGGUGAGCGGGAAUGCAACUCAAGAAGAGGGCCGGUGUGAAGAGAAUCACGAAGUUGCUAUUGGUGCUGGUGUAGGGAUUCCGCUGGGUAUUGCGGCGUUGGUUUGUUUGGGGAUGUGGUUGAGGGAGAGGAGAAUGAGGAGGGGUGAGAGGUUGAGAGCAAUGGCUGGGUAUGAUGGCUUGAAUAGACAGGGAAUUGGGAUCGUACCGGGAAGUUAUGGAGUGGUGAGUGAAAAUGGAAAUGGAAAUGGAAAUGGAACUGGGAUGAUGGGUGUGCGGGAGAGGGACAGGAAAAAUCCUAUGGAGAUUGGGGACGGGAGAAGGCCGGAGGAAUUGCCUUGAGAAAAGGAUUGUGAUGAGAAAAUGGGGGUGAACUUUGAAUGUUGACAUGGAUAAGUAUAUAAGAGUGAGUCGAGGUUUGUAGAAAGGUGUGGAAUGGAUAGCGAAGCCGUAUCUUCUUCUACGCACAA